AUGAUUCUUGUGAAUAAUUCUGUUUUAUCAACGACAGCUAUGAUAACAACAACAUCUGUUGAUCUAUAUCUUAAUUCAACAGUAGAAAUCAAUAAUACAUCGUCUUUCAGUAUAAUUCUUACUAUUAUUAUUCUUUCAUGUUUAAGUAUAUCUGGUUGGAUUUUUAUGUCUUAUGCUUUAUUCAGUCGAUCUGCAGCUUUUCGUGCAAAGCCUGAAGAUCAAUUUGGUUCAUCGAAUCCGACCAAUAAUUCAGAUAGACCAACUGGUAAUGAGUUUUUCUUCGAUUUCGAUUGA